AUGGGGUGCCUCCGCUUGAUGGUCCUGGCAAAUGCCCUUACUGGUGCUUCGGCUUUCGUGCUGCCCUUUAUUGGCCAGACCUCUAUGACAGCUGGGAAUCCGGGUUCUGAUUUCAUAUGCGAUCUACCCCCUAUUCUUGAUCCGGCCAAUGAUGGGUUGCCGUCGGCAGUGAGCUUGUUCUCGUCAGAUGAGGCGUUGAAAAGACAGGUACAACGUCAUCAGGCCAUUGUGCAGGUUCCGUCGGUUUCCUACGACGAUCUAGGCGAAAUCGGCGAGGAUGAGCGAUGGCUUCCGUUUCACAAGCUUUUCCCUGUUCUUCAAAAGUCGUAUCCCACAGUUCAUAAGCGUGGAAAGCUAGAGAAAAUCAAUACUUUCGGGCUGCUUUACACAUUUGAAGGCUCGGAUCCAACUCUGAAGCCAACCCUCCUUACCGCCCAUCAGGAUGUAGUUCCCGUGGCUGAUGCAUCCACAUGGACUUAUCCACCUUUUGAAGCCCAUUUUGAUGGCGAAUAUAUCUGGGGUCGGGGUUCAUCCGAUGAUAAGAACAGUCUCACAGCCAUCUUCUCGGCCCUAGAAGGUCUUUUGUCCGAGUCUGAUUGGAAACCUAGACGAACUCUCAUUUUGGCAUUCGGAUUUGAUGAGGAAGUUGGUCUCAACCAAGGUGCUGCACGGAUCAGUGAGGUACUCAAGGAGAGAUAUGGUGACGACAGUUUUGCUAUUAUCCUUGACGAGGGCGGUUUAGGCUCGACACCUCUUGAUGACAAUACCAUAUAUGUCCACCCUGCAAUCACUGAAAAGGGCCAUUCCAAUCUCUUCUUCGAGCUUCAUGCCAAGGGGGGCCAUAGUUCGGUCCCCUUACCGCAUACGGGAAUCGGAAUUAUUUCUGAGAUUGUUGUUGCGCUCGAGGCUAAUCCGUACCAGCCUCAAAUCAUCAAGGACAGCCCCAUUCACAAACGUCUGAUCUGUCAAGCGCGAUAUUCUCCCAACACCCAGCCCAAGAUCGAAGAGCUACUGCGAAACAAUGACUUUGAUGGACUUGCUGUUCAAUUCGCCAGCACUAGCCCGUUGAACCGGUUCGUUGUUCAAACCUCACAGGCUAUCGAUCUAAUCAAAGGCGGGGUGAAAAUCAAUGCCAUGCCGGAGGUCGUUACCCUGGCUGUCAACUAUCGCGUUGCACACCAUGAAAAGCCGGUACAGGUUCAACACAAGGCUGUUCAAGUGAUUGCGGAUGUAGUUGAGAAGUAUGGUCUCCAGGUGGAUGCAUUCAAAGGCGACAAAGAAUAUCAGGAUUAUGUUGCAGAGCUUUCUCCCAGUGAUAUGCUACAUCACAGUGAUCUAAAGCGCCGUGAUGAAGUUGACUACAAUGGCACUCUUGUCAUCAGAGCCACAAAAGCCGAAGCUGCACCGGUGUCUCCUGUUAGUGGUCCUGUUUGGGAUGUUUUCUCGGGUACAAUUCGACACGUCUUUGCAACAGAAGAUAAGACUAUCGUUCCAGUCGGAGACGUCAUGACUGGUAAUACCGAUACUAGGCAUUAUCUCAGCCUUUCCCGCAAUGUGUUUAGGUGGACCCCAUCGAUCAGCCGGGGACUGGACAAUAUUCACACUGUCGAUGAGCAUGUGAGUAUCUUUGACCACUUGAGCGCCGUUAAGUUCUACUAUGACUUCAUUCGCAACUUCGACAUUGCGGAUGUAUAA